GAAAUUUUAUCUUCUAAAAAAUGGGGAAAACAGGAAGGGAUUGGACUCAGAUCUACGCAAUCUACGGCAUGGACGAUUGGCAAACACCGGUGUUUCUCCUAAUCCAUGCGAUCUUCUUCUCAGCAUCCUCUGUCCUCUUUCUCAUAUACUUCGAUUGGAUCUGCUCCUCUUUUGAAGCAAUUCUCCCAGCCGUUUUUUCCAGCGGUUUCGCUAGAUUCGCGGCCGGUUUCACCGGCUCUGUUACGGCUCUCUCCGGCGUAUGCCUCUUCUACGCUUCCGGCAACAUCUUCUACUCCUCCGCAGCACUUCGCUGGGACAUGGCGCAACGCAUGGUAGGCGCCGUCCACGACUGGUCAACCGUCAAGACCGCCCUUGACGUCGGCUGCGGCCGCGGCAUCCUUCUCAACACCGUCGCCAUGCAGCUCAAAAAGGAAGGAAGCUCAGGGCGAGUCGUCGGGUUAGAUCGGAAGAACACGACGUUAUCAACUCUUCGAACCGCCAGUAUGGAAGGAGUGCAAGAGUACGUCACCUGCCGCGAGGGAGACGCGCGUAGGCUUCCGUUCCCGGACAAUUACUUCGACGUGGUGGUAUCGGCGGGGUUCGUUCACACGGUAGGGAAGGAAUUCGGGCAGAAGACGGCGGCGGCAGCGGCGGAGCGGAUGAGAGUGGUGGGGGAAGUUGUUAGGGUUUUGAAGGAGGGUGGGGUUGGGGUCGUAUGGGACCUGGUUCACGUGCCGGAGUACGUUCAGCGGUUACAAGAAUUGAAGAUGGAGGACGUCCGUGUGUCUGAGCCGGUGACGGCCUUCAUGGUCUGUAGUCACAUCGUAUCAUUUCGCAAGCCAAGUCAGCACGUUGUGGGUCCCAGUGAGGUCAGAUUAGACUGGAGAUAAAUGGAUUUUUUAUAUAUUUAUUAUCCAUUAAAAUGUAACUGUCUAUAAAUCGUCAACUUUUUAUUUCUUAUAUAUUUCACAUUACCUUCGCAAGAACUGUAAACAUAAUCAUAUACAAUAUUUUU